AUGGACGAUCUGCAGAAGCCGAAGAACGUUUGUCCGUGGUGCCAGGUGAGCUAUUUCGGGACAUACUGCACAAGAUGCUCGAGGUGCUCUUGUGGCUACUACUCCUACCAAGGCGUUCGCUGUGGCCAUUUCGGUCACGGGUGCCAGCGGUGCGGCGCAACUACGUUUCAGCAGGGCACCUUUUGCGAAAGCUGUGGAUACUGCGUACACGGUCGUCAGCAGUCAACACGUAAACCGAAAGACAAACUGGGAUGGGGCUGCGACUGCCAGACAAGCAAGAAGGCUAAGACCUGCAAGGAGACCCUGGCCUCCGAUCAGAACAAGCUUGACCCCCAGGCAGCAAGCCGGGCACAGCUGACCGAGUUGGCACACAUGGCCGACACCCUCGCCAAGCUCUGUCGCAAGGAUGCCAAGGCAAUGGAGACCGCCGAGAAGGAGUUCCAGAAGAAGAUGGUGCUCUUGAAGGAAUUCGCCGAAGCCAUCAACGAUGUACCGAAGGUCCUACGAUGCUUUCUCCUCUUCCGGUGCGGAGCUAUCAAGGAGGACCCGACGUCGCUGAAGGAAUGGCUGAGCAAGGCCGAAGUCGAAGAAGUACAUCGACAGCUCGAGGAGUUUCGCGACGAGGCCGGCGAGGAGAAGAUUGCGCGGCGCUUUGGCAAGUCCCGCACCGUCUCCGAAGGUUCCUGGUCUGUGAUGACUGAUCGGCAGGGCGUCGUAAGAUGA